GGCCACCAAUUUUCUGUUUACGACGCACGUUAAAAAAUUUCCUAUCCAUUUUUAUUUGGUUGCUUAGUGCUUAUAAUCUAAAUAUAUGUAGUAUGUCCUAAUCAGAAUCUCCUUAAAAAACUAAAUGUGUUUUUGAUUGAUCUCGAUUAUAAAACACGACAAGUUAGCAAAUUACAUCAGACUUGGGUUCUUUGGCAUAUCUAUUAUAACCCUGCACCAUCCAUUGGAUCAAGACAAGCAGCACUAUAACUAACAACUUUACAUCAGCAGGCCUAGAUAGAAAAGCUAGCAAAUCAUGGACACCGCUGAGAGAAUGUCACUUCUGGUCAUCGUUUGUUUGGCCACUGUUUGCUGUGUCCUCUCUAAGACGAUAUGCGAUGUAGACGUGUGCAGCCGUGUUGAAUGUUUGCCCGUCCUGGAGUCUGACUGCCAGGGAAUGUUCAUCAAAAAGGGUGGUUUUUGUCGCUGCUGUGAUGCUUGCUUCAAUGUUCUGAAACCAGGUGACACGUGUCAGAUGUAUGACAUGGCAGCCCCACCCACUGCCCUCUGUCCGAAUGGCUACUACUGUGAUAGUUUUCACAUGGAGUGUUCUAUCCUGCUUGGCUAGAAAAACCCUUAAAAACGGCCAUUACAAAUCAUACAUUCAGAUUAAAAAUAAUGUCUAUCUUC